UGUUGUAAAUAAACUUUUCUAAAAGUGAAUGUUUUGAUUUGGGUAUUCAAGUUUCCACCUAAAGUAAUGGAAUUUCAACUGGAAACUGAUUUGACGCUAUUGUGUCGAAUCUGCAUGCGGAAUACUACGAAUGGCGAGGCGGAGAAUAUGUAUACGAGCAAAAGUUCCGAUAUACCCUCACUUCACAGUAUGCUCAGGGCGAUAUGUGCACCUGUGUUCACCAGCGAUGAUAUCCAUGACCAGAAAGCUAAGGAAUCGUUUGGAAUGUCCGUGCUGGUAUGUCCAUCGUGCAAAGCAAAAGUUGUGGAGGCCUAUAAACUGCACGAAUUGUGCGUUGAAUCCGACCGUAAAUUUUGGGAGAUGAUCAUGGUGCAGCAAGAACUUCAAGAUGAAAACGAUCCACUCCUGGUGGAAAGUAUAAGCCAAGAGGAACAAACCAAACCGGAAGAGAGCACUUCUAUUGCAAGUUCCGAUUCAGCAAAAGAAGUAGAAAGCGGGAAUGCCUCGGAUGGAAACGUACCGAUUGUAAAUAGUGACGAAACGAUCACAGAUUUAGAUUCUGUGACGAUUCCCCACGGACGCGGUAAGAUACCGCGUGAUGCCACCAGGAGAACGUGUGACCUUUGUUCAAAAGUUUGCCAAUCAGUGGCAACAUUGAAAAAACACAUGAGAAACAAUCAUCUGUCCCAAGUUCAUCAGUGUGAUGAAUGUGAUGAUGUGUUCUUCAGUUUAGCGCAACUGGAAGAUCAUAAACUGUUUCAUAAGACUGGUCAGGCAUACGCUUGUGAAGUUUGUGGAAAGAGGUUCAAAACCAUACCUGGUUUACGGAAUCACGCCCGGACCCAUAUAAAUUAUGCUCCACACAAGUGUGACCAAUGUGAAUCAAGCUUCACAAAUAGAAACUCUUUAGUCCAGCAUCUCAAGCGGCAUACAGGCGUGAAGCCUUAUCCCUGCGAGCAAUGUCCGCUGCGUUUCGUUACUAAGGGUGGUCUUAAGUCACACAUGUAUACUCACACAAAAGAAAAAAGAUUCGUUUGUGACAUUUGCGGAUCACGGUUCGCCAUGCCGGAUUCGUUGGUAAGACAUACCAAUAUUCACACAGGUGAACGGCCGUUUGAGUGUACACAUUGUGGUUUGAAAUUUUAUUGGCCCAACCAUUUGAAACGCCACAUACGCACCCACACUGGGGAGAAACCCUAUAAAUGUGCCUAUUGCGAUCGAGCCUACGCACAGUCCAAUGAUCUCGCGAAACACACCCGCUCUCACGUUGGUGACCAUAUAUUUAAAUGUGAUCGCUGCGAGUCUUCCUUCCGGUUGUUGACUGAAUUACGAAAUCAUUAUAAGGUUCAUUAUGAAGGAAAGAGUAGACAGGAGAUUGGCGAGACUGAUGCAGAAAACGGCAAAGAUAGUGGUUUCCGUUUCACGAUCGUUUCCGUGCUGAAUAGAAGAUACGAAUUGGCGAAACAACAGGAUGAGGAAGGAGAUGAAAAGGAUAAGAGGUUAAAUUGCACACCACCUGCGAUAGAGGACUUCCCGCCAGACCUGUUCACGGUGGAACAGAGACAGAACGGGGCCAUAGUGUUACACGCAAUCGCUAGUUUAUAUUUAUUUGUAGCUUUGGCUGUAGUAUGUGAUAAGUAUUUUGUACCUGCCGUCGAAAAAAUAUGCCAUGCGUUAAACAUGUCCAAUGAUGUCGCCGGGGCGACCUUCAUGGCUGCGGCGACCUCAGCUCCGGAGCUGUUCGUCAACGUGAUUGGGACGUUUAUCACCGAAGGUGAUAUCGGAGUUGGCACCAUAGUGGGGUCAGCAGUUUUCAAUAUCCUGGCAGUGGCCGCCUGCUGUGGCAUCGGUGCCGGAAUGGCAGUUCCACUCGAUUGGUGGCCUUUGACGAGAGAUUGCUUAGCCUACGGGAUUACGGUGGCGAUACUGAUCUGUAUCAUCCAUGAUGAACGGGUCGAAUGGUAUGAGGCUCUGAUACUGGUCCUGUUAUACAUCGUGUACAUCGCUGUCAUGUAUUAUGAUAAAACAUUCCAAAAGUGUGCCAGAGGUGGAUUGAAGCACGCUCGUACCCGGAGAUCACAUGAUGCAACUAGCAGUGAAAAAUCAAUGUCCAGUAGGGAUCAAGAAGCAAUUGAGGCACAUUUCCCGUUACGUAUAAGCCACUUCCAGCAGAAUGGCAAUUUGAAGAACGUUACCCAUAUCGACGCGAGCAACAAUGAAUUGACGUCAUCGGAUCUGGAAAUGCAAAUUAAGGCGAUCAGUGCUAGUGUAGGCGGGGUAGGGCCGGGUGGUAUCGUAAAUUCACCCCCAAUGGCGCUGACCACCGCGACCGCUCUCAAUGAACAGCUAACGCAUCAACAGCAGCAGCAAUUACAGGUUGAACGUCGUCACAGUGCCGUCAGCAUUAACGGUACCGCUAGUAUAGACGACAGCGAUCAGCCUCCACCCCCGCCAAGUCCUACCACUCCACCACUAUCUAGUGCUAGUGCAGAAUCCGUGAAGCAGUCACUGAAUGGAGAACGAUUAGUGAAGGAUUCGUUGGCGGGGGAGGACGGAACCGAUCGGACGAAUGAUGAAGAGUCAGUGGUGAAUGAAGAAUUCCAGCUGCUGAAGUAUCCCUCGGGGCAGAGCAAGUUCCGACAGUUUUCGUGGAUAAUCACGUGGCCCAUAUACCUGUUGUUUGUGUUUACUAUUCCGAACUGCGAAAGGCCGCGGUUUAAGAAUUGGUUCCCGCUGACGUUUAUCAUGUGUAUCGUAUGGAUUGGCUCGCUGUCGUAUGUUGUUGCAUGGAUGAUUACGAUUAUUGGCGAUACGCUCAAGAUACCAGACUCGGUGAUGGGAAUCACUUUCCUAGCAGCGGGAACAAGUGUACCGGAGGCCGUCUCCAGUGUCAUCGUUGCCAAGCAGGGACAUGGCUCAAUGGGCAUCAGCAAUUCAAUCGGAUCUAACACGUUCGAUAUUCUGCUGUGUUUGGGUCUACCGUGGUUCAUCAAGGCAGCCUUUUCGCCAAUAGAACCAGGCCAUCAUUGGGUUGGCAUCAACUCUGCUGGGCUGGAGUAUUCAGCCAUAUCGCUACUGUCGACGCUAUUAAUGCUGUACAUUGCUUUCUCGUGGAAUAAGUUCAAAUUGGAUCGAAAGGUUGGCAAUGCUUGCCUGAUAAUGUAUGCCGUCUUUCUGAUUUUGGCAAGCCUUAUCGAGCUGAACGUAUUCUUCCGAGUGAAUUUGCCCACCUGUGUACGGUGAGGGAUAGGCCGAUAAAAAAUAACGCAGCAGUGAGAGAAUUUCUUUCACCAAAUCCCACGCGUUGACCAAUUGGCAGUGAUUUGAUAAGUGUGUACACAUUUUUGAGUGACCUCCUCGAGUGACGCAAGUUCGGCUUGUGGUCAACUUAGGCUCGAAUUGAUUGUAAUUGUAGUUGUUGUUUUCGUCGUUCCUGCCGUUGCUACAAUUGGUGCAGCCCAAAAUUCGAUUCUCUAUGACGUCAAACUGAUUUAACGGAUAAGUGUAAACAUUGAUAAGCAAAGUCAACUGAAAAGAAACAAAGGGAAGAAUCUGUGACAAUUAUGGAUUAGCGUAAAGAAUUUUAGAAUGGAUGAUUUAAACGAUUGUAUUUAAACUUAAUGCCAAGUAAGAAUCUAGCACCGAAACCAGACAUGAUACCAAAAGGUGAAUAAUUACCGUAGAAUUUUUUUUAAACUAAGAUAAAACACAGCCUAGCGCUACAUUUGUUGUAACUAACAUUCCAUUAUUGCUGAAAUUUGAAAAUGUUGACUUAGAACAUAAAUUUGGACAUUCCUCCGAUCGGUAGGAAUCGGAUACUUGAUCGAAAAUAUCCUCAAAUAUAGAAGAAUUUUACAAAUAAUGAAAAAAAAAACAAACUAGUGACAUUAAUUCCCUUACCUGCCUGUUGUAAAUAUUCGUUUGUUUCCAUUGUAUUCCCUAUCAGUCAUUAGAAUAAAGAAUCUCUCUCAUUUUGUAUUCUAUAAGAAA